CAUAACCCCACUCUCCUCCAGCCUUGCGCAGAUGGCCAAAGUGUCCAAACCGGACAGUGACACAGGAUGACAGGAUGAGAGCAGCUUAGAUAUUUAACUUUACUUUGUUUUAUUAAGUGUUUAGUGAAAGUCAGAGUAGCCAAACACCCUCUGAGCACUUGGCUACAUGUGAAUGUCUGCCGGUGUGGUGAUGCCAUGCCGAGAAGUCACACCGGCGACGAGAGCAGCGGCACCGGCACCGGGCUCUGGCUGAAGACCUCCACGGGACGCCGGCAGCAGGACUACGCUCUGAAGGAUGUGGAGUCUGGGCGGAGGACGAUGAAUAACGCGGUGCGAGUCGGUGACGGUCUCUUGUCUCCCGCUACGGCAGGUGGAGGUGGAGGUGCGGUGGGAGCGGAGAGGAAGCAGGGAGCCCGGCUCAGCCUGCUGGGCAAGCCGCUGAUCUACAGCGCGCAGAGCGGCCGCAGGAACGCGCGCUACCGGCGGCUCCAGAACUACCUCUACAACGUGCUGGAGAGACCGAGGGAAUGGGCUUUUGUCUACCAUGCAUUUGUGUUCAUCCUGGUGUUUGGAUGUCUGGUUCUCUCUGUGUUCUCCACCAUCCCGGCUCACCAGGAGUUCUCCGCACACUGCCUGCUCAUCUUGGAGUUUGUGAUGAUUGUAGUGUUUGGUCUGGAGUACAUCAUCAGGAUAUGGAGCGCUGGUUGCUGCUGCCGCUACCGAGGCUGGCAGGGACGCCUCCGCUUCGCCAGGAAACCGUUCUGUGUCAUAGACAUCAUCGUACUCAUCGCCUCGAUUGCCGUGGUUUCAGCCGGUAGCCAGGGUAACAUCUUCGCCACCUCUGCGCUGCGUAGCCUCCGUUUCCUGCAGAUCCUUCGCAUGGUGCGCAUGGACCGCAGGGGAGGGACCUGGAAGCUGCUGGGAUCUGUAGUUUAUGCACAUAGUAAGGAGCUGGUGACGGCCUGGUACAUCGGGUUCCUGGUGCUGAUCUUCUCCUCCUUCUUGGUUUAUCUGGUGGAGAAAGAAUUCAACAAGGACUUCGCCACCUACGCCGACGCUCUGUGGUGGGGCACGAUCACCCUCACAACCAUCGGCUACGGUGACAAGACGCCGCAGACGUGGACGGGACGGUUAUUAUCAGCCGGUUUUGCUCUGCUGGGAAUCUCCUUCUUCGCUCUGCCAGCUGGCAUCCUCGGGUCAGGCUUUGCCCUCAAAGUGCAGGAGCAGCAUCGACAGAAGCACUUUGAAAAGAGGAGGAACCCAGCUGCCAGCCUCAUCCAGUGUGUCUGGCGUAGUUAUGCUGCUGAUGAGAACUCGGUUUCCAUUGCUACCUGGAAGCCUCAUUUGAAGGCGUUGCAUACCUGCAGCCCCGCCAAGAAAGAGCAAGGAGAGACUACUUACAGCCAGAAGUUGAGUUUUAAGGAGCGGGUCCGGAUGGCGAGCCCCCGUGGUCAGAGCAUGAAGAGCAGGCAGACGUCCAUCAACGACCGCCAGCGCUCUUCCCCCGGCAACGAGGUGGUGGGCGGCCCCGAGCUGAUGGGCGGGAGCCCGGCCAAAGUGCAGAAGAGCUGGAGCUUCAACGACCGGACCCGGUUCAGGCCGUCGCUGAGGCUGAAGAGCCAGACGCGCACUGCUGUCCCAGACGUGGACGCGGGCAUGACCACGGAGGAUUCCUUUGAUGAGAGAGGCUGCCAUUGUGAUGUUACAGUGGAGGAUCUGUCCGCUCCCCUCAAGGCUGUCAUCAGAGCCGUCAGGAUCAUGAAGUUCCACGUGGCAAAAAAGAAGUUUAAGGAGACUUUGCGUCCGUAUGAUGUGAAGGACGUCAUAGAGCAGUACUCUGCAGGACACCUGGACAUGCUCUGUCGCAUCAAGAGCCUCCAGACGAGACUAGACACUGUAGUGGGUCCCCCUCCGAGGUCUCUCAGCAGCCGCGUCAAGACCCUUUCCUCUCCCUCCCUGCAUUUAUAUUACAGCCAGGCCCGGAGGAAACAGUCUGCACCGGGACUGGCCACUGCAGCUGGUCCCAGCUUGAGUAGCCGACCCAGGAACAUGUCCUCUCCUGCUCUGCACUAUUAUUACAGCAACCACAGGAAGAAGCUGCCUGUCCCAGGGGUGGAUCAGAUCCUGGGAAAAGGCCAGAUUCCUGUGGAUAAGAAGAUGAGGGACAAACUGCACCCAGAUGGAGACUCUCUGGAGGGCAUGAGCAUGCUGGGACGAGUGUGUAAGGUGGAGAGACAGGUAACUUCCAUUGAAUCAAAGUUGGACUCUUUGCUGGACGUUUACCGCCAGGUCCUACAGAAAGGCUCCACAGCGCUCACCCUCUCCUCCCUGCCCUUGUUCGAGCUGGACAACCACCAGCUCCACAACUCUGACUACCAGACUUCCAUCAUCGGCAGGGAUCUCCCCUCGCCGCAGGGAGUUGAUCCGGUGGGAGGCGGAGGAGAUGGCAACAGGGGGAUGCGCCGUUCUCUUAGCACCAACCCCAGAGGCCUGCGGCUCAUCCUGGUGCCUGCCGAUGAUGAUGGGCCCCCGGACUCAGCACCUCCAUCCUACCCCCCGUCCACAGCCUCGCUCUCCCCAUCCCCCCUGCUGCCUCCUGAUAGCCCCUACCCAACCUUGGUCACCCCAAACGAUACCUCCAAAAGAGCACACUUCCCUGACCUGCCGCCCCCACCUCCCUCCACCGGGGGUUUCACCCUCCGGCUGCCCCCGGUGGUGCACCCCUCCCACCUCCGAUGCUCCGCCGAUCCCGUCCCAGAGGAUAUGACGGAUGCAGAGCUGGCGGAUGAGGGGAGCCUGGGCCCCUCUGUUGUUGUGGGAUCCAGCAGUGUGGAUGCUGACCAGGAAGGGGACAGUGAGGAAGGCCCUGCCCAGGAAAGGGUGCAGCUGCGGGAGAAGACUUGCUUGAAACCGGAGGGGGUCUGGAGGAGGCACAUGAGCCUGGAGGUCAACCCCCUGCUGCUGCUCUCGUCCAGCCCGGACGAGAGGCCUUCGGACUGGGGAGGCGGUCUCGGGAAAUCCCUCUCCGUGCACAAUCUCAGCCAGCCUUUGACCAACCGUGCCGCUGGUCUCUCCUCCUCCGCGCUCAACAACAACAGCAGCGACAGCAACGGUAGCAACCGUGGCAACGCCCACGGCGACCUUAGCAACUGGGACGGGACAGAACUAUUCAUUAGUGAGUGCAAGCUGGAGCCAGCAGAAGAACAUUUCAACUUCCUGUCCCAGGAACCCGACGGCAGCUCCUCGGACCUUUUACAGACUGCGGAGGAGGCUGCACCACCUCACCCCGAGUUCCUCAGUCAGUCCCCUCACAUACAGCUGGCGUAACCACACACACACAUUGACACACACACACACACACACACACACACACACACACAC